CUCUUCUUCUUCUCCCGCAUUGUCUUCUCUCCUUUUAUAUAUGUGAAAGCUGCAUUUAUUAACAAAACUAUAGAAAGUGUAACACUCGAAAGGAAUGUUUUUGGUCGAGAGGAAAGAGAGAAAACGAAGAAGAAGAGAAUGUUAAUUUAAAGACCUAUUUGAAGCUGCUAAAUCCAUUAUAGAGAGACUCUUUAAAGCGUCAACUGAUUCUCAUCUAAUUAUGGAGGGACUAAUGAGAUUUGGAGGAUUAGAAGAACAAUUCAGUCACAUUUCAGAAAACGCAAUUAACGAGAAGACCCCAUUUCUGCAAAUGCUACAAUGCACAGAACCAGAACCAAAUCAGAUACUCCAGUCACUUCUCCAGAGCCAAACCCUAGAACCAGAGAGCUGUCUCACUCUUGAAACCAUCAAAAGAGAUCCGGGUCAAGAAGAAGACCCGGUAAAGGAUCCGAAAACCGAAGACGGAGCAGAGGCAAAAGUCAAAGAAAAACGAAAACGGAAACGGACAAGAGCUCCAAAGAACAAAGAUGAAGUUGAGAGCCAAAGGAUGACUCACAUUGCGGUUGAACGUAACCGGAGACGACAAAUGAAGGAACACUUAAACUCACUUCGGUCUCUCAUGCCUCCAACGUUUCUUCAACGGGGUGAUCAAGCUUCUAUCGUGGGAGGAGCUAUAGAUUACAUAAAGGAGCUCGAGCAGCUUUUGCAAUCACUAGAGGCUGAGAAACAGAGCGAAGGAGCUAGUGAAAAUCCUAAAACGGCCUCGUGUUCUUCCUCUUCAUCUCGUGCAUGCACUAACUCUUCUGUCUCGAGCAUCUCGCCGACGUCUGAAGAUGGGUUUACGGCGAGAUUUGGCGGCGGAGAUACGGUGGAAGUGGAAGCUACGGUGAUACAGAACCAUGUGAGCUUGAAGGUUCGUUGUAAGAGAGGGAGAGGACAGAUCUUAAGAGCUAUCAUCUCCAUUGAAAACCUUAAGCUCUCGAUUCUACAUCUCACUAUCUCCACUUCCUUUGACUUUGUCUUCUACUCUUUCAAUCUCAAGAUAGAAGAUGGGUGUAAGGUACGAUCAGCUGAUGAGAUAGCAACAGCCGUUCAUCAGAUCUUCGAGCAGAUCAAUGGUGUAAUGAUGUGUUCAAAUCUCAGUCGAGCUUAGCUGACUUCCGACUCUUUUUCUUCCUUGUAGUGUGUGUAGCUUUAGGUUACAAAAAGGAACGUAAAAUAAAUAAAGCCCAAAUUGAAUUUUUUUGAGGGGUUUAACCAUUUUUUAAUUCCUUUUUAAAUCAAUCUCAGGGUUGUGCAUUUGAAUUUAUGGCCACUUAAAAUUGUUAUUUGCCUGUCAUUUUGUUGUUAUUAUUGCCUGUAACUUUCAAAAUAACCUAUGGAUAUU